AGGAAAUGUACUCAGAUAUUGAAAGUUUCUCAAGUGAUGAGAGAGGACACGUUAAAAAGACGAAUAAGCCAAUGAUGGAGAAAAAACGCCGUGCGCGGAUCAAUCACUGCCUGAGCGAGUUGAAGGAGAUCCUUAUUUGCGAUAAACAUGCGUCAGCCGGUCACGCUAAAUGGGAAAAAGCAGAUAUUCUUGAAAUGACAGUGGAUUACCUCAAGAAACUACGAGCUCUUCGAGAUUCUACUUCUCCCCACACGACUGCUAUUCCCUCGGUUACUGCGGCCGAAUCUUCACCCUCUCACUCUAAGGACUGUUCCGACGCCAUUUCCAUCUCCACGACCACUCCUUCACCAUCCAGCAUUGAAUCCACCUCCGACGGACCACCAACCACGAAACGACGUCGCACAACUUCUCCGACUCCGCCCACAUCGCAAGAGUCGCGCAGUUUCAUGGCGCCCACACCUGCGACUCCGCUCUCACUUUCCACGCUACCGUCUUCAGCACGGACAGCGCCGAUCGUAUCGCCACAGAUCAGGCCACCAGCCGGGUUUAAUUUCAUGGCACAGCACUUGUUAGCGCUACAGUAUCAGCAAAAUUUGAAAAUGGCAACAAUAGCACCUGGCAUGUUGCCAGGAAUGCCUGCACUUCAUCCGUUUGCUGGAAUGACGAGCAUCCCCUGGAGAACAAUUUAG